AUGGGGGUGGCCGAGGUGGGCGGCAGCGGCAGCGUCGUGGCGCCUUCAGAGGCAGGCGGCGGCGCGCCCACAGCAACGCACGUGGCGGGAGGCGUAGAUGCACCACAGGUGGCACACAUGGCAGGCUUCAGCGGCACGCCCACAGCGGCGCACGUGAUGUGCGGUGGCGAUGUGCCACAGGUGGCACACAUGGCGAGCUUCAACGGCGUGCCUACAGCGGCAUGCGUGAUGUGCGGUGGCGAUGCACCACAGGUGGCACACAUGUCGAGCUUCGGCGGCGCGCCCAUAGCGGCGUGCGUGACGUGCGGUGGCGCUGCACCACAGGUGGCACACAUGUCGAUCUUCGGCAAUGCGCACACAGGGGAGCGCGUGACGUGCGGUGGCGAUGCGCCACAGGAGGCACACCUGGCGGGCGGAGGUGGCGCGGCACCUUCAGCGGCACAUGCGGUGGUCAGCUGUGGCGCACCCCCCGUGGUGGGCGGUGGCGCGGCGCCUUCAGCGAUGCGCAUGACAUGUGUAGGUGGUGCGCCCACAGUGGCGCGUGCGACGGCGUGA